UCUCUGUCUUCUACAAAGACCAGAUCUCUCAUCUCUGUGUUUUGUUGGUUUACUCAUCAUCUCAACCAAAGCCCACACGUCACGUUAGAAAAAAAGAAAAAAAAAAAGCCAAAACAUUUAUAAACAAAAGUCGAAAAAUUGUUUUUUUUUUUUUUUUUUUCUUUCUCCAAGCAAUCUAUUUCUCUUUAUUACCCAUCUUCAAUUCGACCGAACCCAUGUUCUGAAAUCCUUCAAGACAUUGGAAUCUAUGUUAAAAAUCCCUUUUUUAUUCCGUUUGAGAUAUAGUUAUUGUUAGUUGGGUGACGCAACUAGGUUACACAACAUACAGACAUGGGAUCCGCUGCGGUUGCAAGUUCUUCUUCUGAUGUUGCUGUCUCAGCUCUACGUGAGAAGCAUGAGAAGGAAGUAGAGAAUCUAACAUUGACGACACAACCUUUGAAUACAUUGAAGUUGUUUGUUGAGGCUACUGUUCAGUACAUCAAGCGAUCGGUGUCAUAUCUAUUGGCUCAUGGAGGUUGGUUCAUACUUAUAACCACUUUGUUAGUGGGAUCUGGUUGUUUGCUUGUGACUGUUGAUGGACCUCACGGAAAGCAUGUUGAAGAAGUAUUAGAGUAUAUCCGAUAUGGCUUAUGGUGGAUAGCACUUGGUGUUGCAUCUUCUAUUGGUCUUGGAUCUGGUCUCCACACUUUUGUUCUCUAUUUGGGUCCGCACAUUGCAUUGUUCACUAUAAAAGCAACGCUUUGUGGCCGGGUUGAUUUAAAAUCUGCACCAUAUGAUACAAUACAGUUGAAAAGGGUACCAUCGUGGCUUGAUAAGUCUUGUUCAGAAUUUGGUCCCCCGUUGAUGAUAUCAGCUGCUGGAUCGCGUGUGCCCCUUACCAGCAUAUUGCCGCAAGUCCAAUUGGAGGCGAUUUUAUGGGGUAUUGGGACCGCUCUUGGGGAGCUUCCUCCAUAUUUCAUCUCGAGGGCAGCUAGUAUUUCUGGGAGCACUGUGGAUGGAAUGGAAGAGUUAGAUGGUUCUUCAUCUGAGGAUAGCGGAUUUAUGGCGACUUACCUGAACCGGAUUAAGCGUUGGUUAUUAACCCAUUCGCAACACUUGAAUUUCUUUACCGUCUUGGUUCUAGCUUCGGUUCCAAAUCCUUUGUUUGACCUUGCUGGAAUAAUGUGUGGACAAUUUGGAAUUCCGUUUUGGGAAUUCUUUCUGGCGACUUUAAUCGGAAAGGCGAUCAUCAAAACUCACAUACAGACAAUAUUUAUCAUUUGCGUUUGUAAUAACCAACUGCUCGACUGGAUGGAGAACGAGCUGAUAUGGAUACUAAGCCAUGUCCCGGGUUUGGCUUCGAUGUUGCCUGGACUCACAGCCAAACUCCACGCCAUGAAAGAAAAGUACAUUGAUGCACCAUCCCCUGUUCCAUCUCACAUCAAGGUGAACAAAUGGGAUUUUUCGUUUGCAUCGAUCUGGAACGGGAUAGUGUGGCUCAUGCUCCUCAACUUCUUCGUCAAGAUUGUGACAGCAACUGCGCAAAGACACUUGAAGAAGAAGCAAGAGAAAGAAAUGGCUGUUUUGACUCAUUCAGAUUGAUUAAAAUAGCUCUAAGUCAAACCCCUCCCCACACAAUCUUUCUUCCAUAUUGCUCCAACAUCAAUACAGACACUAUCCAGGUUUUGAGACGAAAGACGAACCAAAAAAAAUGGGAGCUUUUCUUCUCAUCUUGACACAUUGUUCUGGUGGUACUGUUGUGUAUAGGAAACAAAAAAGAAAAAUGGAAAAAGUUAGGAGGAAUUGGGAUUAUGAGAUUGCAGGAGGUUUAUUUUGUUCCUGUGAUUCCAUUGAGAAAGUUUAUGUGGGGGAAGAAGAAGGAACUGAUACCAAAAAAAGGAAGAAAAAAAAAAAAGCAUUGAUUGCUAAUUUACUUCUGUUUAUGUUAGAUUGAAACUAGUGUAAGCUUUUAUGGCCUAUGAUAAACUUCCAUUAUUUUACUAUUUAUAUAUAUAUUUUUUUUACU